GUCUUAUUAUUUAAGGAUUUCCGAAUACACGUGCAUAUUUUUUAGGAGAUACUUACAUCAAAAGUAUUUAAUUUUUUCAUAGAGAUAGUUUAUAAAUCGCAACCUCACAAAAUAAACAAAAUGCAGCACGACGAUGUUGUGUGGAGCAUUAUCAAUAAGUCGUUUUGUUCUUUCAAAGUAAACACCAAAUCACAGAAAUUUUGCCGAAAUGAAUACAAUCUUACGGGUUUAUGCAGUAGAGCAUCCUGUCCUCUUGCAAACAGUCAGUAUGCUACUGUUAGAGAAGAAAAUGGUAUUAUUUACCUCUUCAUGAGAACAGCAGAAAGAGUGCAUUUUCCAAAAAAUGCAUGGGAGAAAGUGAAGCUUUCUAGAAAUUUUGAGAAGGCAAUAGCUCAGAUCAAUGAAAACUUAUUAUAUUGGCCAGGUUUUGUGAAAGCAAAAUGUAAACAGAGAUUUGUAAAAAUUACACAGUAUCUCAUACGUAUGAGAAAAUUAAGGCUAAGAAGGCAGAAACAAAUUGUACCAAUCCAAAGAAAGAUUGAAAGAAGAGAAAGGCGUAGGGAAGAGAAGGCUCUUAUUGCUGCUAGAUUAGAAACAGCAAUAGAAAAGCAACUUGUGGAACGAUUGAAGCAAGGCAUGUACAAUAAUAUAUACAAUUUCCCACAAAAAGUGUUUGACAAAGCUGUGGAAGCUGUUGAAGUUGAAGGUGAACGUGAAAAUGAAAGUGAAGAAGAAGAAUAUGAAAAAGAGACAGAAAUUGAGAAAGAAGUGGAAAUGGAACUAGAAGCAGAUGAAAGAGAAAUAGAAAGAGAAAGAAAUGAACCACAUUAUGUAGAAGCAGAGACUGAUGAAGAAGAUGAAAAUGACGAUUUUAACAUUGAAGAACUAUCAAUGGAUGAAGAUAGUGACUCGGGACAAAAAGAAGAAGUUGAAUUGUCAGACGAUUUCGAAUCUGAAACAAGUGAUAUUGAAGAUAUGGUGCCCUCUACCAGCAAAAAAGCAAAACGACCGAAAGUCAGUAAAAAGGGCAAAAUGCAAAAGAAAGCCCGUCCGAAAGUGGAAGUUGAAUACGAAGUCGAAGAAGAACCUCGUCAAAGAAUACAGGCAUAAUAAAUUUUUAAU